CUCGUGUAACCGCGGGAGGAGCAGCGCUUUGAGAAGCACAGGAGAAUAAACAGAGCCGCUCAGUGUGGCCUAUUCAGUCGCUCAGAAAGUGAAAAGAAAUGAAGAAAUAUCCUUUAGCUGUGGAUGUCAGUAAAGUUCUUCAAGUAGCAGAAUCUCUAGAAAAUAUUGUUUGUCGCUGUUUUGGGCCUGAUGGGGGCCAUGUCUUAUUCAUCAAAUCCACUGGCGACCUUCUAAUUACCAGAGAUGGGAGGAAGAUAUUGGAGUCUCUUUUACUGGAUCAUCCCAUUGGCAGGAUAAUUGUACAUUCUGCUUGUAACCAUGCAAGUAUUACUGGUGAUGGUGUGAAAUCCUUUGUAGUACUGCUGUGUGGCGUUCUCCGGGGUCUUCAGGCAGCAGUUAAUAAAAAGGAUCUGCCUUUGUCAGGGGGAUUAACAGGAAAACAAAGUAAUCCAAACCAAGGACAUGUGUUCAAAAGAUUAAGCAAUCUGAUCAUGACCUUCCAAACUGAAAUACUGGAGAACAUCAUUGUAAAACAGCUCUCCCCACAUUUUGAAUCUGUGUUUUUAAAAGAAACCAACACUUUGUCCGGCGGGACUAUACAGUCGGUAUUGGAUACCUAUUUCUCUGGAAGAAUUGGAUAUAAUAAUCAGGCUUUUAUAAGCAGUUUAGUUGCAGAUUAUUUCCACAAGUGCCUACCAUAUAAUAAAUGCAUUGAUGAUGUUGUACACACAGUUAACACUUGUUUUUCGGAGUUGCACACUGAAGUUGCUGGGGAACCUAUAGAGAAUUCCAGAAUCCUUUCAGGAAUAGUUCUUCACAGGCAGUUUGCUGUAUAUUGCCCAGCAGAGGGCGAAAUCCGAGCGGUGAUCAUAACAGACCAGAUCCACCAGUAUCUCUCUGCAUCGGAUGUGGAGUUUGCUGUGUGCUCAGAUGCUCAGUUGCACCUUUCCCAAAUGUACCUGAGACAGAGGACAGAGAAGCUAAUGAAACAUUUCCAAAACAUGGAAGUCAGAUUAAUACUGUCAACUAUCAAACAACCCGAAAUAGUGCUUUUUUAUGCAAAACAGAAUGGAAUAUCUGUAGUUGAUUGCUUACCAACAGAAGAGAUUGAACUGGUUUGUCUCAUUACAGGCGUGUCUCCACUGUCCACACCAAAUGGCGAUGAAUUUUCUGGACAACCCUUAGAUAGUUUCUUAAUCACAUGUUGCCAGCCAAUCUUACUGGGUCCCAGAAAGUAUGUGCAACUAACUUUUAGUGCUUCCCUUACUUUCCUUCCCCAUUCAGUUGUCAUCUGUGGGCCUGUUAAGGGGCUGACUGAGCAACUUGUUUCAGCAAUCCACGGUGCAUUUAAAAUGCUUCAGCAAUUAUUUCAGCCAGUAGUUACAAAUUGGAUUCAUACAGAAAAAAAUGAAGGGUAUUGUAAAGCAAGAGAAUCAGUGCAAGAACAAAGCAUAACCUGUAGCAAAUGCCAGAAAGACUCUGUUUGUGAAUGUAAUUUGCACAGAAUAUCAUUCAAUCAGAAACUGGAAAGUAUAAAAUGUGGUGUACACAGUAGAAUUAUCAAUGGAGAUAUUGUUUUACAAGCAAAUUCACCACUAGAGAAUACUGGGUCUGUUUUGCCUGGAGGAGGAACCUUUGAAAUGUUACUUCAUUAUUACCUCCAGAGUUUUGCAAAGCAGUGCCAGGAUGCAGAAUUGGCCCUUGUUUGCAGUGUAGUUGGCAACGCUUUGUUAAAUAUACCCAGAAAUAUUUAUAAAGCAAAGAAUAGAAAUGUUUGUUUUCCAUUAAAACAUGUCCGGUUUAUCAGUGCACUGAAUAAUAAUGAGCUCAUAGAGACAUCUCAGUUAGGUCUCGAAUCUGCAACUUGCAAAUACCAGUUAGUGGCUUCAGUGCUUCAUUGCAUUAGCAAGUUAGUGACCAUUGACUACAUAGUGGGUGUGAAAUGCAUUCCUCCAAACACUACAGAUGAAGAGUCCUCAGAUUAUGUUAAAUGCCACACAUACAUGGCACCUGUUAAACAUUAAACUGUAAACAAAUACUUCAUCUGUUAUAUACACUGUGCAUCAUGUUAAUAUAUUGAAUAUAGAACAUGAUUAGCUGUUGCUGCAGAACAGGGAGGGGUGUGUUAUGUUACUGUUUGUCCAUUAAUGGCUAUUAGAUACCAAGGUUAAUAUAAAUAUAAAACUGUACUUAUGAGAAAAGAUUAUUGACUCAUUUUGAGUGUAAGCUAACAAUAGGUUUUAACAUUUAGGGGGUUAGUUAAUAAAAUCUAUGUUCACUAGAAAACUCGAAUUUUUAGAAGGAAAAAAAACAUACAUUUUAUGAGAUUUGUUAUACCCUGAUGCUGCAAAAUGCCUGAAUCCAAAAAUCCCCCAUCGCAGACCUGUCGAGGUCCUGUAUAAGACACUGGGAGAGGCAUCUAUCUCAAUCUGAAGUUUCUAGAAAAAAAAUUUGAGAAAAAAGCCUCAAAAAUCAAGUUUUUUAAUAAAUAAGAUAAAAUCAGA